CGACUGCAAGUUGUUAAAUACCAAAGAAAAGCAAUGUUCCGUAUAGGUCUCCUGCCUGUUAGAGCAGCAACCCCAGUGAGAUCGGUCAGAUCUUUCCUCGGUGGCGUUUCAGUGAGUUCAAGACUGAAUGCAGUGACAUGUGCCAACCUUGCGAUCAAGGGGCAAAAGUAUAGCCCUACAACCACCAGGCUCUUUCACAGUUGGCGUAAGGUUGUUCGGCCUUCACCAGCUAAGUUUUGUUUGAAUGAUGUCCAUGCAAAAUCAAGAUUUAAACAAAUCCAGCCCAUAAUCCAGCAGAGAUUUGCCACGUUCAAUCAGUUGGGUAGAAACGGAUACUCUCGUUCAGAACCAAACUACAAUAACGUCCAGAAUAACAUUGUCAAGCCAUUCAUAUUUGUCACAAUAUUCACCGUGGUCUCCUAUUUCGCAAUGCCAUAUCUAUUCGACUACACACCUUUGGCAGCGUUCAAGAGAAACCCACAACUGCUGAUCUGGACAAUCAUCGGACUCAAUGCAGUUGUUUUUGGACUUUGGCAAAUACGUUAUUCCAAUGCUUUCCUUUAUAAAACGCUUGAGAACUACUUCAUUAUGGACAGAUCCGCACUCACACGCCAUUCGAAUUGGUCUCUGAUCCUAUCUUCUUUCUCUCAUCAGGAGCCCUUCCACAUCUUAGUUAACAUGGCAUGUUUAUAUUCGUUUUCUGGCUCCAUGAUAUCUAUGCUUGGUGUGACCGGCUUUACGAACCUCUAUUUGAUUUCUGGUGCAUGGGCAUCAUUCUUUUCUCUUGCCUAUUCUCAGAUUUUCCGUUACUUUGGUCGUUCAUUGGGCGCAUCUGGCUCAAUCUCAGGUGUAUUCACUGCCUUUGCUACGAUGUUUCCUGCUGCAGGGAUCUCAUUUUUUUUCAUCCCAAUUCCAGGUGGAGCAUCUGUUGCAGCUGGUCUAUUUGCGUUAUAUAAUGUUGCCGGAUGCGUCCUGAGAUGGGGAAACUUUGACUAUGCUGCACACUUGGGAGGUAUGUGGGUUGGAUUCCUAUGGGGAAUGUUUUUGAAAUGGAGAGCUGAACGUGAUCAAGAAGAGAGACGUAAUAGAUUGAGAAGAUACGGGUUUUGAUCAUUUCUCAAACCUUUCUGGGCAAGUUUUUGGCGUAAUCUGUAAAUGGGUAACGAGGUAAUUGGUCGUACCUACUUCCUUUUUGUCUUGUACAUAUUGUAACCUUCUAGAAUGAACUUUAUAACGAACACCACUAUCUAGAG